AUGGCCUCGACCACGGCCCCCGUCUACGCGGCUGGGAAUGGCUCGCUGAGUGCGGGUAGCAAGCGUAUGCGCGAGGACGAGGAUAUCCGUCCCGAGAGUACCGCUGAGUACGAGACAUCGAAGCGUCGCAAGACAAUCACCGAUUCUACCAUUGGUGGCCCGGUUGGUGGCCCACCUAUUCUCCAGCCAAUGAAGCCUAGCGUGGUCAUGGCUCGCCAUCGGUGA